AUGAAGGUGGCAAGGCGAAAGGCUGAUGUCCUUGAAUCGAACCGUCUGCAUAAUCCAUCCGCCCAGUUGGCAAAGAACGAUGAACUAGAUAAAGCGAUGGUUCACAGUGCCGAGGCGCGAUAUCGUUUCCCGCUGGACAGUAUAUUGGCGAAGGCGAUUCCCUGUCAGAGAAGUCAGCAGCUGCAGUGGAAGGGGCGAAGACAGGAUGCAAUCCACCAGCUGUGGCGUUACAAGGCCAAUGGCAAUGCACCCAAAGUGCGAACAACGCGGAACUGUGGUGCGACAUUCUUCAAUCGGCGGAAGAACAAGUUCCAUCUGCACGAUUCGCAGUUCAAGAACGAACCUGAUGUGCGCAUGCAGGAGAUGAAGAAGGAAGAAGGAACACGAAUAGAGGAGGUGCCUGUGGGACCAGAUCGGGUACGGCAGACUUGGGUGCGUACGAAAGGAGGAGUUGCUCGAAGGUCGGCAGUUAAGUUGACUUUGUUCGACGUCAGGAUGGAUGGUGGUCCUGAGCAAGGAGAUUGCAAUGGAUCACGGGCCGGGCAACAAGAGAAAAGACGCGAGCUGCGUUUGAAAAAGUUCUGGCGUACCACCACCAAGCCCCCGACCUCGUCCGAGGACUCCGGCGGCUGCGAAAGUCCUACAAAACUCGGACGAAAGGCAUUCCAGCAGCCCAAUAACCUUAAUAGCCCCCAUCGGCAUCCACCCGCCUGUUCCCUGCCACUGUUGCAAGUGUGGCCCAGCCAGGAUUCACCCCGCGGUGAGGCGGACGGGCAAAGUUUCGUCUUCCCGCUGGCAGUUGACGACCACCAGCAGAAUGGAGGAAUGCUUCAAACCUCCCUGCACCACCAGGCUGCGGUUGCAUCGAGUAGCAGUACCAACGAUCUACGGAGAAACUCCCUGUUCGUGGAUCAACUGCAGGCGGGUGACUCGGGCAUCGAUUCGGUUCAGGCAUCUCCCUCGCCGGUGGCCAUGCCCUGUCAUCCUCUGGUAGUUUCGAACGCAAUUUCACCAAGUGCAUCGCCCACCAUUGGCUCGCCUACGCAAUCGGUGGACCACAAUCGACGCCCGUCGACUUCGCUGCUGCAUCCGGAUCAUGCGCGAAUAUUUGCCCUUCGGCAACCUUCGUCGCCGGAUCAAACAUCACUUGAAGACAAUACAGAGUUCAACGGUGCUGCAGGAAAUCACCUUUGUACCGCCAGUUCCAGUACGACCUCUUCCCUAACGUCCGUAGCAGUAGCCACACUAGGGCAACACCCGCAGAGAUCAUCAGACCCAUGGCUGCGACCGGAAGGCGACAAAGAUAACCUGGAGGUGGACCGACAGCGUCGUGCCUCGACGAUGACCGCCCGUCUGUCGCUCUUCGAUGCCCUGGAUCUGGAGUACGCGCUGCUCCGAGCCGCGGCCCGCGGUUCGGUGGGGCCGUACUCACUGAGUGAAUCGCUGCACAAGCUCACAUUUACGCAAUCACUUGCCUUUCCAGCACUGGCCCGUGGUUUGGCCGCAAAACGGCGAACCUCUACGGAGGAGAACACCACCCGCCCGUUGAACCCGAACGAGUCCGGCCUCAACACGUUCGCCAAGGUGGUCACCGCUUGUGUUCUAGUGAUGGUUAGCUUUCUAGUGUUCUUAGUGGUGUACAAAUACGUACGGACGUGA